AUGCCUCAAGCUCAGCCAGAAUUGAAGAAGUACAUGGAGAAGCGGGUCUUCUGCCAACUUAACGGCGACCGCAAAGUCAUUGGCAUUCUGAGAGGCUACGAUGUCUUCAUGAAUCUUGUCCUGGACGAGGCUUUCGAAGAGAAGCCAGGUGGUGAGAAGGUUGCAGCCGGCAUGGUGGUCAUCCGCGGUAACUCCAUCGUUAUGCUCGAGGCCCUGGAACGGAUAAGUGAGAAGUAA